AGACAAAAAAGGCGCUGUUGUGGAGCUGAGGCGCUCGAAAGCAAAAGCCGCAGCGCACCCGCUUGAACUUCGCCUAGAAAGUUCCGAGACCGUUCAUUUUUUGCUGCUUGCUAGAAAGCGCGAACUAUCCAUCUGUGGUUUCUAUAGAAGAUCACUAUGAAUCCGGUGCCCCAGCUACAGCCUGGGUUAGAAGCUCAAGCACCAGGUCGCAGCGACAAUGCUCAAGAGAAGGCUCGACAGCAAGCCGAAAACCAGGAAAAUGCAGUGAAUUCGAUGUUAUCACAGAUUCUCGAUCAACAGGCCCUCGUGCGUCUUUCCAAUUUAUCAGCUGUUAAGCCAGAUAAAGCGAAAAUGGUGGAAUCUGCAUUGAUUAACAUGGCUAGACGCGGUCAAAUCGCUGGGAAAUUGUCUGAUGACGCACUGAAGCAGCUGAUGGAACGAGUUGCAACGCAAACAACCCGAACUACUACUGUUAAGUUUGAUCGACGCCGCAACAACUUGGACUCGGACGAUGACGAGUAUUGAGUCUUUCUUGGUGCUUAACUCAGUGCAUUUUGUGAAAAUCAUUUUUUGCGAGAUUUAUAAUUGCUUCUGACGUUCUAGUCACGAAACGCCAGUUUUUGCAUAUGUGUUACAUCUUGUAAAUAAUCCAGUAAAGCUUUU